AUGAAGUCAUUUGAACGCCUGGUUCUCUCCCAUCUCAAGUCCCUCACCUCCCCCCUCCUGGACCCCCUGCAGUUCGCCUACAGAGCCAACAGAUCUGUAGACGACGCCAUUAACCUGGCCCUCCACCACAUCCUACAGCACCUGGACUCCCCGGGGACCUACGCCAGGGUCCUGUUCGUGGACUUCAGCUCUGCCUUCAACACAAUCCUGCCAUCCCUGCUCCAGGACAAGCUCUCCCAGCUCAACGUGCCCGAUUCCACCUGCAGCCACGACUCCGUGAAGCUGAUCAAGUUCGCGGACGACACCACCCUCAUUGGACUCAUCUCCAACAACGAUGAGUCCGCCUACAGGAGGGAGGUGGACCGGCUGGUGUCCUGGUGCAGUGGUAACAACCUGGAGCUGAACGCCCAGAAGACAGUGGAGAUGAUUGUGGACUUCAGGAAGAGCACUGUCCCCCCGCCCCCACCCUCCGUGAUGGACUCCCCCAUCACCUCUGUGGAGUCCUUCCGUUUCCUGGGCACCACCAUCACCCAGGACCUCAAGUGGGAGCCGACCAUCAGCUCUCUCAUCAAGAAGGCCCAGCAGAGGAUGUACUUCCUGCGGCAGCUCAGGAAAGCCAAGCUGCCUGCACAGAUGUUGGUGCAGUUCUACACGGCCAUCAUCGAGUCCAUCCUCACCUCCUCCAUCACCGUGUGGUUCGCUGGAGCCACAGUCAGGGACAAACAGAGACUACAGCGCAUUGUGCGCUCUGCAGAGGAAGUGAUCGGCCGCAGCCUUCCAUCGCUGCAGGACCUGUUCCUGAGCUGCCUCGUCAUUGGAGUUGGAAGCUCACUUGAAGAGUCAACCACUUCAGUCUCAGGAAUUGGUGAUAAGGCCUGUGUUGCCUCGGAGUUGAACGUUCCUGAGCUGCCUCGUCAUUGGAGUCGGAAGCUCACUUGA